AUGCCUGAUCAAACGCCACGUCGUCUCGCACACGCAAGAACGCCUCAUCCAGAUGGAGAACAGCUGCAUCUGCUGCACGCUCCGGGGCGAUCUGCUCGAGGAGCUCGUGAGGCUCGCGCGCGGGGCGAGUGCGAGUACAUUCUGAUCGGAAGCACCGGGAUCAGCGAGCCCAUGCAGGUGGCCGAGACGUUCACCGAGGAGUUGGCCCAGGCAAUGAUAGAUGCUGCCAACGAUGGCGCGAUGCAGGUUAACAAGGCGGCGAGAGGGUCUUGA